UUGCAUAAGGAAACUAAUCCCAGAUGUCUUCAGUUAUGCGAACGAGUUGAAGACGGUUUGAACAAUUUGAGGUCUGCGCUUGAAAGUCACAUCACCAAGGAAGGUCUUGCAGCUAUCGCCAAAGUUGCAGAUACAGCAUUUACGGAUGCCAAAUUGUACGUAACCACAAUUCUGACUGUACAUAAUCGUUACUCAUCGCUGGUUGGCAGUGCUUUCCAAAAUGAAUCGGGAUUCAUUCAAGCACUUGAUAAGAUGGUUGUCUUCAAAUACAUCGAGGACAAAGAUGUAUUUUCGAAGUUCUACACCAAGAUGUUCAGCAAAAGAUUAAUAUCGGAAACAUCUGCAUCUGAAGAAGCUGAAGUGAGCCUAAUCAACAAGCUGAAGCAAAUGUGCGGUUUCGAAUACACUAAUCGAUUGUCGAAGAUGAUCAAUGACACUCAGAUUAGCAAAGAUUCUUGCGCGGAAUUCCGAGAUUACUUGGCUAAUCAAAACGUUGAUCUUGGCAUCGACUUCAAUAUGCUUAUCUUGAGUUCUGGAUCAUGGCCUGCACUACCGACUCUCAAGAUGCAUCUGCCCCAGAAGCUCAAUCUAGCUAUAGAGCACUUUACUUCAUUUUAUAACUCUAAGCAUAAUGGCAGAAAACUGACAUGGGUAAGAUUUGUCCCAUAA